AUGCUCCUGUACCGAGGGCCCGCGGGCCCUGGCGCGCCGGGAGGCGGGCUGGCCCGGCCAGGCGGCGGCCCGCAGGCCUUGGGGAUCCGCCUGAGCACGGUAGAUGAGCCCCGCUACCUCCAGAGCAACUCCAGCAGCCACACGCGACCCUUCAGUGCCAUCGCGGAGCUGCUAGAUAAUGCUGUAGAUCCAGAUGUAUCCGCCAGGACGGUCUUUAUAGAUGUUGAGGAAGUCAAGAAUAAAUCUUGUUUGACCUUUACUGAUGAUGGAUGUGGGAUGACACCUCAUAAACUGCACCGAAUGCUCAGCUUUGGCUUUACAGAUAAAGUAAUAAAGAAGAGCCAGUGUCCCAUCGGGGUCUUUGGUAAUGGUUUCAAGUCAGGCUCCAUGCGGCUAGGAAAGGACGCUCUAGUCUUCACCAAGAAUGGGGGUACUCUCACUGUUGGACUUCUGUCACAGACCUAUCUGGAAUGUGUCCAGGCCCAGGCUGUUAUUGUACCCAUUGUUCCAUUCAGCCAGCAAAACAAAAAAAUGAUUAUUACUGAGGAUUCCUUGCCCAGCCUAGAAGCCAUCUUGAAUUAUUCAAUUUUCAACAGUGAAAAUGACCUGCUGUCCCAGUUUGAUGCCAUCCCAGGCAAAAAAGGAACUCGCGUUCUCAUUUGGAACAUCCGCAGAAAUAAAGAUGGAAAGUCUGAGUUGGACUUUGAUACAGAUCAAUAUGACAUCUUGGUAUCAGACUUUGGCACAGAAGAAAAAGAGACUGGUGAUGUUACUUCUGAGCUGCCAGAAACAGAAUAUUCUUUACGGGCAUUUUGUGGUAUUCUGUAUAUGAAGCCACGAAUGAAAAUUUUUCUGCGUCAAAAGAAGGUGACCACCCAGAUGAUUGCUAAGACCCUGGCCAAUGUAGGAUAUGAUAUAUAUAAACCCACCUUCACAAAUAAACAGGUGAAAAUAACUUUUGGGUUCUCUUGCAAGAAUAAUAACCAGUUUGGAGUAAUGAUGUAUCAUAACAACCGACUCAUCAGGUCCUUUGAAAAGGUGGGAUGUCAGGUGAAGCCAACUCAUGGAGAAGGUGUGGGAGUAGUUGGAGUCAUUGAGUGCAAUUUCUUAAAACCUGCCUACAACAAACAAGACUUUGAGUACACCAAGGAGUACAGGUUGACAAUAAAUGCCCUUGCCCAGAAGCUCAAUGCUUAUUGGAAGGAAAAGACCUCCCAAGAGAAUUUUGAGAACUCUGCUAUAGCCAGGCCAAUACCGAAGAUUCCUGACCAGACAUGGGUACAGUGUGAUGAAUGUCUUAAAUGGAGGAAACUUCCUGGCAAGGUUGAUCCAUCUACAUUACCUGCAAGAUGGUUUUGUUACUAUAAUUCCCAUCCAAAGUACAGGAGAUGCUCUGUUCCAGAGGAACAGGAACUCAUUGAUGAAGACCUGUACUUGAGCAGAGCUAAGAAACAAGAUCAAAUUGUGGAGAAGAAGAAGGUGCCAACAGAAAAUGAGAGCCACCAGGUACUUACUGAUCCACUGAAGAUCCCUACUAUUCAAGAUAUGGAUGAACUGAAUAACAAGACAAUGGGUUAUGAGGGAAUUGAUAGCCCUAGCCCACUUCUUUCAGUUGGAGAAGAAAGCAGGACACUUUCUCUUCAGCUUAAACCUCUGGAUACCAGUGUUUUUCAGUUUUCCAGUAAGUACAAAUGGAUCCUAGGUGAGGAACCUGUGGAAAAACGAAGACGACUCCAGAAUGAGAUGACAACACCUCCUCUAGAUUACUCCAUGCCUAGCUCUUACAGGAGGGUAGAAGCUUCUGUUGGCAACCCAGAUGGGGAGAACAGCCAAGAUAAAUCUAGCUCUGAGAGAAGCACACCGCCGUACCUCUCCCCAGAAUACCCAGAAGCAAACAAGAAUGCCAGUCAGAGUAGGGAGGUUUCAGUUCUGUAUUCAGGGGCCCAAGACCAACACCAGGAGUCCUUGUUUCCUGAAGAAGUAGAAGAUCAGAUGCCAAGAUUGGUAGCAGAAGAAUCUAAUAGAGGCAGCACAAACAUAAACAAGGAGGAGGUAAACAAGGGACCUUUUGUAGCUGUUGUCGGUGUGGCGAAAGGUGUUCAAGAUUCAGGAGCUCCCAUUCAGCUGAUCCCUUUUAACAGAGAGGAGCUUGCUGAGAGAAGAAAAGCAGUUGAAUCCUGGAACCCAGUGUCUUAUUCUUCCGUGGCUUCUGCCUCAACCCCUGCUACAGCCAUUGGAGAGAAAGAAAGAGGCUAUGAGGAGAGUGGAGGUCGUCAUACACCGAAGGUGAAGAACCAAAGAGAGCUGGAAGAACUGAAGAGAACCACAGAAAAAUUGGAACGUGUUUUGGCAGAAAGAAAUUUGUUCCAGCAAAAGGUAGAAGAGCUGGAGCAGGAGAGGAAUCACUGGCAUUCUGAAUUCAAGAAAGUCCAGCAUGAAUUAGUGACCUACAGUACUCAAGAGACGGAAGGCUUGUAUUGGAGCAAGAAACACAUGGGCUAUCGCCAAGCUGAAUUCCAAAUUCUGAAAGCUGAGCUGGAACGAACCAAAGAGGAAAAGCAAGAACUAAAAGAGAAACUGAAGGAGACAGAGAUGCACCUGGAAGUGCUGCAGAAGGCUCAGGUCUCCUACCGGACCCCAGAGGGAGAUGACCUAGAAAGGGCUUUGGCAAAGCUUACGAGGCUGCGUAUCCACGUCAGCUAUCUCCUUACUUCUGUCCUCCCUCACUUGGAGCUUCGUGAGAUCGGGUUUGACUCAGAACAAGUGGAUGGGAUCCUGUAUACGGUGCUGGAGGCAAAUCACAUACUGGAUUGAGCACCAGACUAUAUACUUUAUAUACCCUGCCCUUCCUGUCCCCCCUUCCUUCCCUGCUCUUUCUUCUCUUGUCUUCUCUUGUCUUGUCUUCUCUUGUCUUGUCUCCUCUUGUUGUGCCUUCUCUGCUCUUCUCUUCUCUGCUCUGCUCUGCUCUUCUCCUGCUCAUCUCCUCUCUUCUCCCUUCUCUCUCUUCUCUUCUUUCCUCUUCCCUGCUCUGCUCUGCUCUCCUUUCUUCCCUCCUUCCCUCUGUUACUUCUUUCUCUCUCUUUCACCUUUAUGCCUUACAUAGAGAAUCUUUGGGUAAAUCCUGGCUCUUAAUCAGUCUGCAUCUUACUCAGUUUUGGUGUGGAGAAAGAGGUUAGUUAAAUAGACUUUCAAGAGUUCAGGAACAGAAAAAGAGUAGUCACCAAAAUUAGGUGACCUGGAAGCUUUAAUUUUCAUGAUUUAAAUACUUGGCCAAUAUCAUAUCCUUUCUGAAAUGGUUUGUAUUCAUUUAGGUUACUCUGUCAGCAGAUAUUGGGUCCAAUGUACCAGGUGUUUUGGGAUACAUUGAGAAGUAUAACUCAUGGUUUCAGUCUUAAAGGAUCUAACAAUCUAGUUGGAAACACGAGAUACACACCAAGUUAACAAACUUGUACACGCAAGUGAUACAGACAUGAUAGAGAAGGUCAGGGUCCAGUGGGGGGAGGAAGUUCGAGGAAGGCAUCACCUCAGAAUUGGGACCUAAACUAAGGUUUGUUUAAGGAAUGAGCAUCACACUCUGUUAACAGUGGUGGUUCUCUAGGUGGUAGGACUGUGGUUGAUAUUUUUUCUUCUUCCUAUCUUCCUGCCUUUUUCAAAUUUUCUAUAAGAAACCUGUUAUUACAUUGGAAAAAAUAAAUUGUUUUAAAAAAAAGAAUGAGCAGGCUUGGAUUUAGAGAUCAAAUGAGAGAUUGUGUGAAAAUAUAAAUAUAUUUCGUUGUAUCUAGCAUUACCUCCAGAAUAGCAUGAGCAAAGGCACACAAAAAACUAGAAUGUGAAAAAAUGUUUCAUAGGAGUGAUGAGUUACUGUAGAGGGAACGAAGGUAAAAGCGAAACCCAUCUACCCACCCCUCCCCACCCAUCCCCAUGAUAUUUACAUUUGAAGAAGGACUUCUUAGAAAGGGAAAUCUGCAGGGCUCAAAUUCAAAUGAAAAAAAAUACAUAUCACCAAACUCAGGGAUUUCAGCUAGUGGGGGAGGGUUUUAUAGCAGGGAGACGUGUUUGCUGUCUCUCAGAACGCACCUGUCUGCUCAUCAGCCUUGUGCUGAGUGAGAGCUAGAUCUCACUGUAUCAGAAAUAAUAAAACUUACAGUCUUG